UCAUCUUCUGUUGAUGAUGCUCUCAAAGAAGAAGUUAGAGCAACCACAAAGAACAAGCAUUCUUCUUCAAUUACAGUAAGCAUGGAUGGAGCAUGGCAAAAGCGGGGUAGUGGUCGUUCGUUUGAAAGUUUAACUGGACAUUGCUCCAUGGUCGGAAAUGAAACAGGCAAAAUUCUGGGUUACAGUGUUCGCAACAAAUCAUGCAAAAUCUGUGACACUGCUGCUGAAAACCAUCAACUUCCUGCUCCCCAUAACUGUAAACGGAAUUGGACAGUUCCAUGCAAGUCAAUGGAACCGGACAUGGUGGUAGAGCUGAUUGGCAAAACAACAGAAAAGGGGAUCCAGAUAGAAGGAUUGGUGGCAGAUGAUGACACUACUGUAAUGUCAAGAGUUCUUGACAUAAGUUCCAACAUCCAAAAGUUGUCAGACAAGAACCAUAUCAAGAAAAACAUUGCGAAUUCUUUGUAUAACCUUAAAAAAGAACACAGCUCCCUGUCUUCAAAAGUAAUCAAAUAUCUGCAAAAAUGUUUCAAUUAUAUGAUUUCUCAAAAUCAAGGAAACCCAGAUGGAAUAGAAAAAGGUCUAUCAGCAUUGUCCUUGCACCCAUUUGGCAACCAUGUGGAAUGCAACGAAGUCUGGUGCCAUCACAAGAGAAAUCCUGCCACCUCAAAGUAUUCCUCUCUUCCCUUUGGUCAGCCCUUGAAAAGUGAAGAGCUCCAGCAAAGUUUAGAGGCUAUUUUCAACAAACUUAAGAAGCACUCAUUCAAGUUGGCCAACCUUGGAAGCACACAGAGGAAUGAAAAUUUUAAUCAGAUAGUAGCGUCUAAGGCUCCAAAGUCUCGGCUCUAUAGUCGGACCAUCGGCUAUCGAGUUGCUGCAAGCGUCGCCCAAAAGAACUUGGGAGAAAAUUACUUAAUACAGGUCAAUAAACGACUAGGUCUCUCACCUGGUACAUAUACAAGAAGACUGGCAACUCAGAAAGGUCUCGCAGCUAGGAGGAAAAGAGCGUUAGAUGUCACCACAAAAGCCAAGAAAAGGAGGUUAUAUCUCAGAGCCAAAAGAAAGCAAACGACAGCUUCGAAAGAGACAAGAGAGCCAGUAAGUUACUGCUCCCAGAUUGCACUUGACAGUAUUAACUUAAAGGAUGAUAAAGCUAUAGAAAUUCCACCUCCUGUGCUAAAGCCAACUCCAGAAGUAGCAGAAUUUUCCAUGGAAAACCCUCUAAUUUAUUUUGACCUGGAAUCAACAGGACUAGCAAGAAGCUCACACAUUACCCAAAUAGCUGCAGUCCAUGGAAAUGAAAGGUUUUCAACGUUUGUUAUGCCUGAAAUUCCAAUGACAGCAAAGGCAGCAGAAGUUACAGGAAUAAGAAUCAUCAACCAAAAAAUGUACAGCCAUGGUGUGCAAGUCAGUGCAUUGAAGUUGUCAGCUGCUAUUGAUGCUUUGCUGGACUUUUUUAGUAAAUUUCAGUCCAAAGUUGUUUUAAUAGGCCAUAAUUUGAAGUCUUUUGACUGCCACCUUUUUUUAAAUGCAUUAGAAUCUUGUUCUAAAACUGAAGCAUUUUCACAUUGUAUUGCUGGUUUUGUUGACACCAGACUUUUGUUCAAAAUUUUUGACCCAACACUGAAAUCAUACUCACAGGAAAGUAUUUUCAAAGAAUAUACUUUGUCAAAUUACAAUGCACAUGAUGCUGUUGAAGAUGUUUUGGCUCUGAAAACUCUUGUUGAAACUGUUGAUAUAGAUAUUUGUAGUGCUCAGUUUUCAGCUGCAACCUUUUCAUUUUCGAGUGCAUUAAGAAGUCAUCUUUAUUGUUUAGAAAAGCAGAAAAAUUGUCCUUCUUUAGAACAUUUGGUGAAAGAUAGGGUUAUCAGUAGGAGCAUGGUUAACAAAAUUGCUGGAAGUGGUUUGAAUUACAGAUAUUUACAGCUAGCUUACUAUAGAAAUCCUAGUGAAGGAAUUCUGAAUCUUUUGUCAGAACCAGUGCAAAACACUGUACGAGUAACAAAAUCUCAGAAAGUGAUUUCAUCAUUAAACAACCAUUUUGCUGCAAAUAUUGAAAGUUAAGCAUUUUAUUAACUUUUACUUGGGUGUACAUCACUAUAAAUGUUACAAGAGGCCCAUGGGCCACAUUGCUCACCUGAGUAACUUUGGCCAUUAUGUCAUAUGACAGAUUUCUUGCUUUGUAAUACCUAUCUUGACCUUGACAAUCCUAAUUGGUCAUGAUUCAAACAAUUAAGAAUCUACACUACCCAAGGAUGCUUCCACAUAAGUAUCAGAUUUUUUAGUCCACUUGUUCUUGAGAAGAAGAUUUUUAAAGUUUUUCCCCAUAUACUUCAAUGUAAAACUUGGAUUCCCUAUUAUGGCCCAGCCCUACCCCGGGAUUCGUGAUUUGAACAAUUUAGAAUCUACACUACCUCAGGAUGCUUCCAUAUAACUACUUUCAGCUUUUUUAGUCCACUUGUUCUUGAGAAGAUUUUUAAAAUUUUCUCCUAUAUAUUUCUAUGUUAAACUUGGAUUACCUAUUGUGGCCCCUCCCUCCCCUAGGGUCAUUGCAUAUGUAUUUAAACAAUUUAGAAUCUACACUACCCCAGGAUGCUUCCACAUAAGGUUUAGCUAGUUUAGUCCACUUGUUCUCAAAAGCACAAGGGGUCAUGAUGUGAAUAAUUUAGAAUCUACACUACCUUCGGAUGUUUCCACAUUACUAUCAGCUUUUUUAGCCCAGUGGUUCUUGAGAAGAAGAUUUUAAAAGUUUUUUAUGCGCCCGAAUUUUUUCGGGGCGCAUAUUGUUUUUGUCCUGUCUGUUUGUCUGUUUGUCUGUUUG